AUGCUUUUGCAUCGCGGUGUUCAUCUAGAUACUACGGCUUGUCCUCUUUGUAAUGAAGUCUUGGAGACAUCUGGUCAUUUGAUGUUGCAUUGUUCUUUCACUUUCAAACUAUGGGAUUACUUCUUAUCUUCGAUGUGCAUACCCUGGACUUUGCCUGGCACUGUCUUGCAAUUGUUAGCAGCAUGGGACAAUAACGUUUUAACUGGUAAGUGUAAAGAGAUUUGGAAAAUGCUUCAUUUUGCUAUCGUAUGGAAUGUGUGGAAUGAACGUAACCUUAGAGUUUUUGGUGGAAGACCUAAAGAUGUCGAAGAAGUCAUUGAUCUUGUUAAGCAGUCUCUGAUCCUUUGGAGCUGUGAUUCGAAUACGUUUCAGGGAGUUGAUAGCAGCCAGGUUAUACACAAUUGGGAAGCUGUAAUUCAUAAUUAG